AUGGCAAAUAGUAUAAAUGUUAACACAGACACAGAUGAAUCAAUUCGAUGGAUCGAGAAUGGAAUUAAAAAUCGUUACAUAAAUUAUCAUGAUUAUAGUGAAUUUCAAAAUCAAGAAUUUGUAGGUAAAGGAGGAUUUGGUAAUGUGUAUAAAACAAAUUGGAAGGGUUCCGAUACCGUUGUUGCACUAAAAUCUUUUAAAGGUACUUGUAUUAUGAAAGAAAUUGUUAAUGAGUUACAAUUAUUACAGGAGGUUCAUUUUCACGCAAAUAUUAUUAAAUUUUUUGGUAUUACUAAAAGAAAAAAUAAUGAGGAUAGUAUUGAUCCAGAUUACUUAUUUAUUCUUGAAUAUGCUGAUAGUGGUACGUUGAGGGAUUAUUUAAAAGAAAAUUUCAGUAAAUUGGAUUUGAGUACAAAGUUACAAUUUGCUAUACAAAUUUCUGAUGCGGUCUCAUGUUUACAUCAAAAGAAUAUUAUACAUCGUGAUUUGCAUUCAAAGAAUAUAUUAGUUCAUCAGAACAAGGUCAAAUUAGCGGAUUUUGGUCUUUCACGUAGAUUGGCUGAAGUAUCAAAUUCUGUCAAGGGAGUUAUUGGAAUGUUGCCUUAUAUCGAUCCAUUACUUUUUAAAGAUCAAAAAGAGCCAAAAGAACAAACCAAUAAUGAACAACAUUAUAAAGCAAACAAGAAAUCAGAUGUAUAUAGUGUCGGUGUGCUUCUAUGGGAGAUAUCGUCUGGACGAUUACCGUUUGAAUCCUAUUAUUCACACACAUUAAUUACGGAGCUUCAAAAUGGAAAAAGAGAAAGUCCAGUACCUGGGAUGCCCGAUAAAUAUGUUGAAGUUUAUACAAGUUGCUGGCAGUGUAAUCCAGAAGAUAGACCAGACAUUCAUCAAGUAAAAUUCUUACUGCCUCCUCAAUAUAGAGAUAAUGAUUUUAUUAUUGAAAAGGAAUGA